AACGCCGUUCAACCGUUCUGUAGUUUUGGUUGUAGUCAACGUAGUCGGCUGAACGUGAAUUUCUUCGGUAAUGGUGUUCGUUUAAUAUAAUUUGUUAAACGAGUAGAACUUUUUUUAAUUUAGUAAAAAACUAAUUGAUUAUUUUACCCGGUAAAUUAGUUUCGAGUAUUGUUUUAAUCGUGGAAUCAGUUUCGCGUUUUUAAUCCUGUUCCUUGAACCGAGCCAACGAGUUGUUAUUUUCCGGUAUCAAUCGAUCUAUAAACCAGCUACAAAAUGACUACUCUGGUGCAUACGAUAAUCGACCAAUAUCACGACAUAAUGGAUAACAAAAGCGAUCCACGAGUCACAACAUGGCCAAUGAUGUCCAGUCCACUUCCAACUUUAUUCAUAUGUUUAUUUUACGCGUAUUUUUCAAGAGUCUUAGGUCCAGCAAUAAUGGAAAACAGAAAACCACUUAUGUUAAGGAGAACGCUGAUAUAUUAUAAUGCAUUCCAAACGUUAUUCAGCGCGUGGAUAUUUUACGAGUAUUUGAUGAGCGGUUGGGCGACGCAUUACAGUUAUCGAUGUCAGCCAGUCGACUAUUCCACCAGUCCUGUGGCUAUGAGGAUGGCCAGAACAUGCUGGUGGUAUUAUAUCUCAAAAUUCACGGAAUUUUUCGACACACUGUUCUUCAUCUUAAGGAAGAAAUUCUCUCAAGUGUCGACUUUGCACGUCAUUCAUCACGGUAUUAUGCCAAUGAGCGUUUGGAUGGGAAUGAAAUUCGCCCCCGGUGGUCAUAGUACAUUUUUCGCUUUGUUGAAUACUUUCGUACAUAUUGUGAUGUACUUCUAUUAUAUGGUAUCCGCAAUGGGACCCGAAUAUCAGAAAUAUAUUUGGUGGAAAAAAUACCUGACCGCUUUCCAAAUGGUUCAAUUCAUUUGCAUUUUCAUUCACCAAUUCCAACUUCUAUUCGUCGAUUGUGAUUACCCGAAAAGCUUCACUAUCUGGAUUGGACUCCAUGGCGUACUAUUUUUGGUGUUGUUCUCUGGUUUCUACAAAGAAAAAUACACUCAACCGAAAUCCAGAUCUAAAUCGUCGAUCGCAGCGAAUACGUCAUCAUCCGCCCCAUCGGUAGACGAAAAGACCACCACAUCUCAAAACGGCUACAUCAAACCAGUAUCAAAUGGCACCGCCGGAUACACGAAAACGGCCACCGAAUCGGCAUGCGGAAACGUAUACUACUCAAACGGCAUCAAUAACGGCUUCAUGAGUACGAAACCAGUCGAAGGUGGUAACAGUAGUAACAACGUGGUCAGCAGCGAUACGAGAAAGACAAAAUAGCGAGAUUAAUUCGUCUUGGUCAUCUUCACCCUGUUCGUCGUCUUCGUAUUUCGCAGAAAUGAAAAGAGAAAAUUAAUUGAAGAUAAAAACCAGUCAUUUUUCGAACUUAUUCUCUUUUUAUUUAUUUUUUUUAUUAUUUCCCAGUCUCUCUGACUCUCUCUAUCUCUCUGUACGUGUAUGUGUGUAUCAAAUUUGACUUAUUAUGUUCUUCUUUCUCCUUUUUUUUGUUUGUUCGUUUUUUCUUAUUUUUUUCCUCGUGUUUUUUUCCUUGUUUAUUUUGUACGAUUGUUUUUCCUUCUUCGUCUGUUCUUCUUAUAUAAGUUUGUGUACAGAUUUGUUCUUUUUUUCUCCUUUUUAGUUCGUUGCCCCCUGGUACACUACUACGCUGUUGUUGUUAGUGGAAAAGAUUGCGGCGAGGUGGAAAAAGAUAAUAAAGAUGAAAUGGGUGUUGUUGCAUUAAAAUUGGCAAAAACUUGUAGCUAGUUACCAGAAAUCGAUCGUUAGAUAUACUCGGGCCCGAUAGAGAAUUUUUCUUAUUUUAACCAAGUGGUUCUUAUGCACUCUUUUUUUUUCUUGUAUAUACCUACGUGUGCGUUUGAUUUUUAACUCUUCUCUGUCACAUUUUUCUGUUGUCAAAAAAAAAUCCGUAAUUUUUUUUCUAAUUAUUCGAAUUGAAAAAGACAUUCCUAUAGGGUUUCUCUCGUUCGGGUUUCUCUUUUUCUCGUCUCUCAAUCAGGGCAGUUUUUUUUUUGUUUUAUAAUUAUAAAUAUUUAUUUACGGUAUUGAUUUUUUUUACGUAUUGUACUAUAUUUAUUGUAAUUUUAACGUAACCAUCCGGCGCAUAUGUAUGUGGAUAAAAAAAACCUAUAUAAAAAUAAUAACAGGGACGACAGAUGUAGUCGAAGUGAAAAUAAUUUUCCGUACGACUUAGCAACGAACAAACGAUAUAUACAAAUACAAUUGUGAUAUGUAUUUUAUAGUAUUAAGGACACUGUAAUCAAAAAUUUUUUUUAUUCGUUGUAUAGCUUGUAUUUGUAUUAUUGUAUAGUUUAUUGUAUUAUUUUAUCGUAUUUAGAUGAUAAUUCCGUCGAUAGCGUUGAUAAAAUAGUCAUAAAAAAAAGGGGAAAAAACUAUUUGGAUAAAACAAUCAAACGGUAGGAGCCGUCGCAUAUAAUUUUGUCGAGUUGCUUAUUACAUUGGUUAGUCCGCGCUCUGCCUACGAGAAGGCUUUUUUCGCUGCUGCGAGUUAUUUUUAAUGUUUUUGAUUUUCUUUCUUUUUUUUUUCUUUUUUUUAAGUAAUUUAUAUGUACGAUUGUACGAGUAGAAUUUUUGAGGAGAAAAAUAUUAUACGAUGUAAAAAAAAAAAAAUGGAAAAAAUAUCGGGGGUCGGUCACAAAUUUGAGGACCUCUUUUUACGUACCAUCGAUUCGGUGGCCAAACAAAACAUUGUGUGGGACAUCCGACUACGUUGACAAAUUAGUGAGCUGCCUGCAGCUGCAGUUUUCAAAUGCUAAAUGCGCUAAUGGUAGAGAUAGCCUACCUGUGGUCGUCGUUACUGUUUGUGUACGGUGCACAUUUUUCUUUCUUUCUGUUUCCUUUGUUUUUUUGUAAUGUAUUGAAGAGGCUGUAUGUGUAAAUGAACAUGGUCUCUGUCAAGGUGCAUUGAAUGGUACGACGACUAGGCGUUUAAAAAUUUAAGAUGCAUAAAUUACGUGUAGCUGGAUUUUGACAAUUUUGUAUAAUGUAAGGUACAUUAUUAUCAACGUAUUUAUCAGCUUUUUAAUUUGGGUUACCAAUAUUAACGCUGCAUUGUAAAUAAAAGUGAUACUUAA